AUGAAUAAUUAUAAUAGUGGUGGUAAUAAUAGUACGGAUAAUAGUACUAAAAAAGAUGAUCUAGCAUCUCUUUUUCUACCAGAUAUCCUUCAUCCAUUACCUUCAAAUAAUAUAAAACAAGAAGAUAUCAAUUUUGAUGAUUCGUUAAUGAAUCAAAAUUUUAAUCUAAAUAUGAUGGACUCUCAUAUUAAUCAUUAUUCAAAUUAUAUACCAAUUGAAGCUUCUGCUCCGGUCUUAAAUAAUAAAAAUUACCCCUUGGUAGAUUAUGAUAUGAACUAUAAUGAAGACCUACAAAAAUUUAAUCAGUUCCAUUUACCCUUCCGUUUGUACGAUCAGCAGCUGCAACAACAGCAAAUACAGCCAGUGCAACAGCAGCAGCAGCCGCAAAUCCAACCAGUACAACAACCAAUACAGCCAGUUGAACUGAUUGAGCUGGAACCAGUUCCAGCUAAAAAAAAAGCUAAACCAUCGCCUACCCCUAAUAUAAUGAUUGACUAUAAAAUGUCCAAACUAACAAACUUACUUGACUUUACUCCUAUUCCAGAAAAUGAAGAGUUCAAAAUACUAGAUGAUUCAAAUAACGAAAUUAAACUAAAUAUGACCGGAUUCAUGAAUGGGAAAUUCUUCACUAACGAUAGCGAUAAUAAUAACUAUAUUCAACUUAAUCCUAAUGAAUCGGGGUCCAAUUCCAAAAUCGAUCCUAAAGUCAUUAGCUGCUACCGCCGGAACUUUAUUCAAUUAUCAUUAAACUUAAACUUGAGUAAUUUCCAAAACGAUUCCAAUAAAAUAUUAAAAUUACAAACAACCGAAUACGGAUAUAUAAUCACUCGAGUCAUUAAAUGGUUUAAGAUCGAUAUCAGUGCCAAAACCGUCUCCAAUAAUCCAAGAUUGGUCCCCAUCAUCAUCACCGAUGAUGAAGAUAAAGUAUCUUCAGUUAAAAAUCAUUCGAACGAUUACGUAAUCCCCGAUCCAAUAAAAUCAUCAUCUUAUAUUAUCCCAAUUAAUAAGAUAAAUCUUGAAAAUAAUACUUUUAAUAAUUACUAUACUAUUAAAAAAUUACAAUUUAAGAAUGCCACUCCUCAUAAUGGGAAUUUCACUUUCCAAAAUUAUUAUAAUUUAAAAAUUAAACUAAGUGCCGUGGUGGCAGAUAUGUACUAUGAUGAUUACGUUGACAAGAACCAAGAAUUGAACAUUGACGAUAAGAAUGAAUUCACCUUGAUGGAAUUGGUGAGUAAACCAAUUAUAGUAAGAGGAAGAAACCCCAGUUUCUACUAUGAAAGAAAAGAUAUUUUAAUAAAGGGAAGAAAUUUAAAUCUGAAAUCAAGUUUCCAAGAUUCUGAUGCAACUGAAAUUGAUUCAAAUAUUGAAUCAAAUAACGAUUUCGACGAUGCUUCUUCGGAAGAUCUUCCAAUUGGUAAUGAUAAAUCUUUACCUCCAUUAAUGUAUUCUGCUUUACAAUCAAAAAAUUCUAAUAAUAAUAAAUUAAUUAAUCAAUCAAAUAAUAAAUAUAAAUAUUUCCCAAUCCUGAAUGUUUAUUAUUUACCUCCAAUUAACGUGGUUUAUUUUCCUCAUGGUGCUCAUCAACAUAAACUAUCAAAUUCAAAUUUAAAUUUAGAUCAAAAUAAAAUUGAUUUAAACGAUAAACAAAUGGUACGCAAAAAUUCAAACGUCUACUUUAAAUAA